UCUGCCACUUAGCAUCUUCAACAGUUCUUCUGCAUCUCAAGAGUUUCCUCAUCUGUAAAACUGGCGUCAUAAUAGGGUUGUUGUGAGAUUAGACCAGUUCAUAUGUGUAAAAGCCCUUAGAAUAAUAUCUGACACAUAAUAGAUGAUCAGUAAGUUUCAGCUGCCACCCACAACAAAGAAUUAUCUAGUCUAAAAUGUCAGUAUCAGUACCAUAAGAAGGAUAAAAAGAAAAAAAAAAGUCAGUAGUACCAAGGUAAGGAGCCGUGCAUGCAAGGCGUUGCCCAUGUCUACAUAGGCUACUUUUGAAAAUGGAGUGGGUGGGGAGUGGUGGUUAUACGCUCUGAUGCUGCGUCCCUGGGGCUGUAGGGGUGGUGCUGGGCGGGAACAGGCACUCCACUGGCUCUUCCUAAGGAGUCUGUAGUUCCAAGGGUAUUAACAAGGUUAGUUGGCAAGUCCAGUGCCUGUGCUUGACCCUCACACAUCUUAGAAACCAUGAGUGGCCAAUCUCUUUAUUGGGUCAGGUCCACCUGCUCAAAGGGGCUAGUUCAGAGGGGCUUGGCAGGUUUUAUUUUCUUCUAAAAAUUGUGUUUUCCUUUUCACAUUGGGCCCACUGCUCACCCAAACUCAUUAAGUUAAUUGAUUUUAAUCAAAGUAUUCUGGCCCCCAAGUCACAUGCUUUUAAAUGCUGUGAGGGCAAGGCAAGGAUUUAACCUGAUCCUUUCUCCUCGGUUCCCACUCUUAUCACCCUAAACAAAAAGCCCUUUUAAAGAUAAUCCCAAGUCAAAAGUGUGGUAGAAAUGUUGAGUUCACAGUUUACAAUGCAAUAUAUCACUGACUAAAAAAUGAUAAACUCUGAGGACCAAUAUUUAAUGUAUAUAGAAAUAACUUCUAAAACUUUAGCAUUUAAAUUCACUGGUUCUUCCUCUUCCCCUGUGAAAGCCUUCAGAAUUAUUCAAAACUUACUGAAGCAAGUCAAGUUUUUGGACUUUCUGAACAGGGCACCUAAAUGUCAUUCCAUACACUUUCUCAGUGACUCCGUGUCUGUUCUCAGCAGUGAAGAGAGAACAGAGGCCACUCUGCCUGACUGAUUUUAAAUGAUCGCCUUUUUCAGAUGCUUUUAGUAUGGGAACAAAGUCAGCCAUAAUCUUCAGGGUUUUAAAUGUCAUUGUUAAUGCAUCAGGAAGCCCAAAGACAGACAGUCUGGAGAAAUAGUAUGUAAUGUUUAGAUGAUUUUGGUAAACAACUAGGUUUUUAGUGUAUGUUUAAUAUGCAUUCUGUUUGGGGCCUCUGAGUUUGAAUCCCUGAGACCGAGCUGAUGUUUAGCAACCAUUCCUUAACCAGGAAAAGCCUCCCCUACUCCCAGCCCAUAGCCAUUUGAGCUUCACUGGUUUUUUUGAACAGAAGCCUUUCCCAGUUUUUGCUUGGUUCAAUGAACACGGUUACUGUUUAAAAACAGUGGCUGUCGAGUCGUAUGUCUCACCACCCUUUGCUCUCCUCUUGAGCUACCUCAAGCUGUGUGAGAGAUAAUACUUAGCAUGAUUAAACGGACCCUUCACUGAUAUUUGGUCUUUGCCUGGCUGAGGGACGCAAAGCAAGAAGAAGGAGACAUGCAGAUAUGUUGCAGGAUAUUCAAGAAAGAAGGAUUUUAGCAUGGAAGACACUAAACUGUACUCACCCGACAGCUAUAAAGUGCAAGAUAAGAAAAAUGCCUCCAACCGCCCUGCCUCUGCAAUUUCAGGACAAAAUAACCACUCAGGAAAUAAACCAGACCCUCCGCCUGUGUUACGUGUUGAUGACCGGCAGCGGCUGGCCCGGGAGCGACGUGAGGAACGGGAGAAACAGCUAGCUGCAAGAGAAAUAGUGUGGUUAGAAAGAGAAGAGCGAGCCAGGCAGCACUACGAGAAGCACCUGGAAGAGCGGAAGAAGAGGUUGGAGGAGCAGAGGCAGAAGGAGGAGCGGAGGAGGGCUGCCGUGGAGGAGAAGCGGAGGCAGAGACUUGAGGAGGACAAAGAACGCCAUGAAGCUGUGGUACGGCGCACAAUGGAAAGGAGCCAGAAGCCAAAACAGAAGCGUAACUGUUGGUCGUGGGGAGGCUCUCUCCACGGGAGCCCUAGCAUCCACAGCGCAGAUCCAGACAGGCGGUCAGUUUCCACCAUGAAUCUUUCGAAAUAUGUUGAUCCCGUCAUUAGCAAGCGGCUCUCCUCUUCAUCUGCAACUUUACUAAAUUCUCCAGAUAGAGCUCGCCGCCUGCAGCUCAGCCCAUGGGAGAGCAGCGUUGUUAACAGACUCCUGACGCCCACACAUUCGUUCCUGGCCAGAAGUAAAAGCACAGCUGCCUUGUCUGGAGAAGCAGUUAUCCCCAUUUGUCCUCGUUCAGCAUCUUGCAGCCCCAUCAUCAUGCCCUACAAAGCUGCACACUCUAGAAAUUCGAUGGAUCGACCAAAACUCUUUGUAACACCACCUGAGGGCUCUUCUCGCAGGAGGACCAUUCAUGGCACAGCGAGCUAUAAAAAAGAAAGAGAGAGAGAAAAUGUACUCUUCCUCACAUCUGGCACCCGAAGGGCUGUAUCUCCAUCUAAUCCCAAAGCAAGACCGCCAGCUCCCUCCCGACUUUGGCUUCCGUCCAAGUCUCUUCCUCAUUUGCCUGGCACACCCAGACCGACAUCCUCCUUGCCACCCGGCUCAGUCAAAGCUGCUCUUGCUCAGGUCCGGCCCCCAUCCCCCGGCAACAUCCGCCCUGUCAAGAGGGAAGUCAGAGUGGAGCCUGAGAAAAAAGACCCUGAGAAGGAACCUCAGAAAGUUGCCAAUGAGCCCUCACUAAAGGGCAGAGCACCUUUAGUGAAGGUAGAAGAAGCCACAGUUGAAGAGCGGACACCUGCUGAACCAGAAGUUGGCCCUGCUGCUCCAGCCUCGGCCCCAGCUCCAGCCUCGGCCCCAGCUCCAGUCCCGGUCCCCACCCCAGCCAUGGUCUCAGCCCCGUCAUCCACUGUGACUGCCAGUGCUUCUCCUAAGACUUCUGCAGGCACCACCGACCCAGAGGAGGCCACAAGGCUGCUAGCUGAGAAGAGGCGGCUGGCCCGAGAGCAGAGAGAAAAGGAAGAAAGGGAGAGGAGGGAGCAGGAAGAGCUUGAAAGACAAAAGAGAGAGGAAUUGGCUCAACGGGUGGCUGAAGAGAGGACUCGCCGUGAGGAGGAGUCGCGCAGGCUGGAAGCCGAGCAGGCCCGGGAGAAGGAGGAGCAGCUGCAGCGGCAGGCGGAGGAGCGGGCGCUGCGCGAGCGGGAGGAGGCAGAGCGCGCCCAGAGGCAGAAAGAAGAAGAAGCUCGCGUUCGUGAAGAAGCAGAGAGGGUUCGGCAGGAACGAGAGAAGCAUUUCCAGAGAGAAGAGCAGGAGCGCCUGGAGAGAAAGAAGCGACUUGAGGAGAUUAUGAAAAGAACCAGGAGAACAGAAGCUACAGAUAAGAAAGCCAGUGAUCAGAGAAACGGUGAUACAGCCAAGGGAGCUCUCACUGGAGGAACAGAGGUGUCUGCACUUCCAUGUACAACGAAUGCUCCGGGAAAUGGAAAGCCAGUUGGCAGCCCACAUGUGGUUACCUCACACCAAUCAAAAGUGACAGUGGAGAGCACUCCCGACUUGGAAAAACAACCAAAUGAAAAUGGUGUAUCUGUUCAGAAUGAAAAUUUUGAAGAAAUUAUAAACUUACCCAUUGGAUCUAAACCAUCCAGAUUAGAUGUCACCAACAGUGAGAGCCCAGAAAUUCCUUUGAAUCCAAUUUUGGCCUUUGAUGAUGAAGGGACACUUGGGCCCCUGCCUCAGGUAGAUGGUGUUCAGACACAACAGACUGCAGAAGUUAUAUGAGUGUUUCUUCUGAAGAACCAAAGCUGAAAUUUAAUGAGAAUUUCUACAAUUAAUGGAAUUCCUUUCCUGCUAUAAAGGAGCAUCCCCUCCACCCAUUUUCUAGAGUUCUUGACCAUCAUUUUGAAAAGAUUUAUUAAAACUAGCUAAAGACAACAGACUGGAUAGCUUUUCUAAUAAUUUUCAUCAAUAGGAAAAAAGAAAUACGUCUCAUUCUUCAAUACUUUAAAAUGGCUUUUUCCAGUGUGCUCCUUCUUAGCAAUCAAUAUUUUUCUGCAUUCUUUAAAAGACAAGAGAAUUUGGUUAUAAAAGAAAUGGGCUGACUAGGCAUGAUUUUUUUGGUCUUAAAAGCUUAACAUGUAAAAUUGGCAAAAAAGUUUUUUACCUUUUAUAAUACUUGAAAAAUAAGUACCUCUUUGCUCUACAAGUAGAAUGAAUAGGAGAAGAGUUUAAGCCUGUUUGUUUAAAUAUUAUUGCAAAGAGCUCUAUUUGUAGAAGCAAAUUAUAGGCAGAUUACCAGGUUCUUAUAAAUACAACUUGUACAUGGACAUUCUGCAAACCCAGCUGUCACAUUUUUCUUGCAACUCCUUUUGCAAAAGCAGACUAAAAUGUUUUAAAAUGUGAAAAAACAUUAUUUUUUCAAAGCAAGGAAAUAAUUUGCUGCCCUCUUACAUAAUGUAUUUAUAGUUUUUCCAGAUAAACUAAUCAAAUAAAUUAGAAUAAUGUGACAACAUUACAAAUUUAAUUUGUUAGCUGCAUUCCUUCUGCUGUUACCACGAGAGAAUGUUACUGAUGAUUCAGGGCUAUUUCUGAAGUCUGUGUGUUGCUGCUGUCCCCAGUGAUGGUGGACUUAUCUUUGCCUUACCUGAUCACAAAUUAUGUUGGGGAAAAUAAAGAUUUAAUAUUUCUUUAAAUAGAAAAAGAAUUUGGUUUUGCUCGUUUAAGAGCAAUGAGAAAGUGAUGGAAUGUUGACUGUGUUUGGCACACAGGACACGGACCUUCAUGGAAGUCCUUGCUCUGCGUGGCAUCUGUCAGCUUUUCACCUUUCAUUCUUAUUCUUCACUUUUGCUGCUGAGCCUAGCUGUACAAACUUGCACUUUCAUUUGCUAAUAUAAAUUCAGUUUUAUUUUACCAUUUUAGAGACUACUAAUGAUUAAAUGUAGGAGAGGGUGCACAUGUUUUUAUGUGGAGUGUUUAAAAAGAUAAAUUUAUUCCACUGUAAUGUGCAGCUUUUAUUAAAAGAGAAAUUGGUUGAACUGCUAGGUUGAAUGAGAGACUUCAUCUAUUGGACUAUUUUUUUUUUUUUUAAUCCAGGCAUAUGGUCUUUAGUAAUGGUUUGUAAUUUGUUAAAACAUCAAUUUGGGGGUUUUCAUUGUUUUCAGUUGUCCAUGUACACAUAGUCAUUAUAUUAGAAAAGAAAUCUGUUCAACAAACUUGUUUAAUUUGUUUAAAUCAACAUAGCAUGAAACACCAAAUAAAGUGUUUGACAUAGUUUUA